AGACCAUAACAACUUUCUUGUCUGAGAGGAGAGCAGUCAACGGCGUUAGCACACCUGAUCGCGGUAACGUUAACGACAAUACUGGUGCAUCAAAGUUACUGUGGCAUUUAUCCGCUUUCUUAGCUAAUACCAUAGACUGUAGCUAGAGUUUUAUAAACUAACGAAGACGUGACCAAGAUACAAUGGCCAACAUAAUCUUUGCAGAGCGGGAAAAUGCAGGUCUUCAUCCACCUACUCUGAAGAUGCGACAGCGGCUUCAGUCUGCUCCAGAGAAACUCUUAUCUUCUAUGACUGCCAAUACCUUACACACUCCUCUGCCAUCUGGUCGUAAGGCUUUUGGUGCCGUCAACAAAAAAAUUCUAACCCCUGCCGUCAACACACAAGAGAAGAAACCCUUAAAGCCACAGGAAACUAAAGUCAAACAGGCUUCAGACCAAAACUCCAAAGUGGAGGAAUAUCCAGAAAUUGAAAAGUUCAUCCCUUAUGACCCACUAGAGUUUGAGAAGUACAGCAUACCUGAGGAUUUGAUUGCUCUCAGUAGCUAUGCUCUGCCUGGACUGGCCUGUUUCCCACAAGCUCCACAUCUGUGUGAGGAGGAUCUGGAAAUGUUUGAUCCACUCCCAAACCUGUCACCUGUAAAGAUACCAACACGUUCAGGUCAUUGCUCAGAGCUAGAUGCCUUUCUUCAAACACUCGAUGAGCUGACUGUUGAACUUCCUCCAGAAUCUUUUACGGACUGAAUGUUGACGCAUGUUUUUGUUAUGAACACAUUUUACUGAAAUAAAGGUUGUUGUUUUUAUCUG